CUCUGCAGAACAGAGCUUUGGUUUUUACUUUGCAGAGAUUGGGCCAUUAGUUCUUCUGAUAUUAAGAGCUGGAUUUCUUCUUGCAAGCAGCAUGAAGAUGUGGACGCUGGGUCUUCAGGUGGUUGUCAUCUGUGUUUUCCUACAGGUGCCGGGGUGUUUUCCAUCAUGCCUCAUAAUGGGCUCUGUAGCCAACUGUGGCUUCCAGAAACUCCGCUGGGUUCCUCUUCUCCCUUCCCACAUCACCCACCUAUACAUGGAGAUGAACCACAUCGGUGAGAUCAACUCCACCUCCCUGUUGGGGCUGGAGGAGCUGCAGGAGCUGGACCUUGGACGACAGUAUGUGACGCUUGUGAUCAGGAACAACGCCUUCAGCAGGCAAACACGCCUGAGGAGGUUGGUGCUCAGCUUCAACGUCGGCCUUCAACUGGAACCACGGGCUUUUGUGGGACUGUCUGGUUUGCAGAAUCUCCAGCUGGAUUACUGUUUGCUUCAAGAGUCCAUACUGAAGGAGAACUAUCUGGAGCCAAUGUCCUCCUUAGAGACUCUUAACCUCUUUGGUAACCAGAUAAAGAGACUCCAGCCUUCGAUGUUCUUCACAAACAUGACUAAUUUGAAAGAUUUGAAUCUCAAACUGAACAAAAUUGACAAAAUAUGUGAGUCUGAUCUGGUUGGUUUCCAGGGACAGCACUUCAAGGUUCUGAACUUGGACUCUGUUCAACUUAAUGCCAUGUUUAGUGAAGGUUUUGACUGGCAAAAAUGUGGGAAUCCUUUCAGAGGAAUGUCCUUUCAGACACUCGACCUGUCCCACAAUGGGUUUAGUGUGGGUAAAUCAAAGCAGUUCUUCGGAGCCAUUGAGGGGACCAAGAUCUCCCAUCUCAAACUGUCGGGACACAUGGGUAAAGGAUUUUCAUUCAAUAAUCUCCCUGAUCCAGACCGCAGCACAUUUGAAGGCCUGAAGAACAGUUCAGUCCACAGUUUGGAUCUGUCUAAAAACAGGAUAUUUGCAUUGCAAGAGGGGGUUUUUAGUCCUCUGAAAGAAGUCACAAUCAUUGACAUUUCCCAAAACAGAGUGAAUCAGAUACACAAUAAUGCCUUUGAAGGUCUUCAGGGACAUUUAAAAUUGCUCAACCUGUCACGCAACCUGCUAGGGGAAAUCUAUUCGUACACUUUUGCUUCUCUGACAAACCUGCAAGUGUUAGACUUGUCUUACAAUCACAUUGGUGCACUGGGUUAUGGCUCAUUUAGUGGACUCCCCAACUUGAAAGCAUUAUAUUUAACAGGAAACUCUUUGCGAGAACUUGGCUUCCCUGCGUCUUUACCCAGCUUAGAUUAUCUUCUGUUGAAUGACAAUAAGUUGACACCCUCGUCAGUGAGCAGUCUCACACGGUUUGCGAGUAAUAUUCUGCAUCUGAACAUUCAGGACAACAGAUUAACAAACCUGGGGGAUGUUGACACCUUUUUGACUAAACUGAAACGCCUCCAGCAUCUCUUCUAUGGAGGAAACCCAGUCAGGUGGUGCACGCUCAGUAGACGAGUUUCAGCAAUUGGUUUGAAUAAUUUCCAAGCCCUGGAUCUUCACAGCAGCUCCUUGCAGUCUAUUUGGUCUCAGGGGAGAUGCCUGAAUCUGUUUGACAAUCUUGGACAUGUGAAGGGUCUCAACUUGAGCUUCAACGCGCUGCAGUCCCUUCCUCAGGGCAUUUUCAAGGGUCUCACCUCAGUAGUGGAGAUGGACCUCUCAUCCAACACCUUGACUUACCUCCAGCCUGAAGUAUUACCCAAAAGUCUCAAAGUACUCAACCUCUCCAACAACUUUAUAGCCUCCCCUGACCCCGCCGCUUUUCGCUCUCUCAGCUUCCUCGACCUAAAAACGAACCGAUUUCACUGCAAUCCAAACCUGAAGAGCUUCCUGACUUGGCUGAAGACGACCAACGUAACCUUCCUGAGUCCUGUUGAAGAGCUCAGAUGUGAAUUUCCUUCUGGUUUCUAUAAUGUUCCUCUGCUAGAUUACCCUGCUCAGGUCACAAAGCAGUAAAAUCAACUAAAACGGAGCAAAUAUGUAUGUAUUCAAGGUGACACCUUGAAAAUCAUAAGGAAUUAAACACGGGUGCCAUGUAUUGUUGAUUUGAGUUGAUCACUUGAUCCCUGUAUGAUCCCAAUUUGUAAUAAGUGGCAGAAUAAUGUAUGUUCUGAAUAAUCUCAUAAAAAAUUAAAUACAUAAUUUUUUUUUAUUAAAAUCUGUAAAUGUAAUAUUUCCAGAUAAUGUUAUAAAAUUGUAACUUGAAAUUUGUAAUUUUCAAGAUUUAAGUGGAAUAAUAAAUAAAAUAAAUGUGUUAUGUAUCUAA